UGAAUCAAAUUUAACUCAUGGUGAUUUCAUGAUGGUAAUAUUUUAAUGUCAGAUAAUCAUGAGUUAUUUAUCAUUGAUUUAGGAUUAUGUAAACCUAUAAGUGAUUUACAAGAUUCUGAUGAUAAAAUUUAUGGAGUUUUACCUUAUAUGGCACCUGAAAUAUUAAGAAAUAAACCCUAUACUCCAGAAAGUGAUAUUUAUAGUUUUUCAAUGAUGAUGUGGGAAUUUACAUCAGGUAUUACUCCAUUUAAAGGUAAAGCACAUGAUCAUCACCUUAUUUUGAGUGUUUGUGAAGGGAAACGUCCUAAAAUUAUUGAAAAUACUCCAAAAUGUUAUAUAGAUUUAAUGAAAAAAUGUUGGGAUCCAAGUCCUUCCAAUAGACCAACCAUAGCAAUUCUUGAAAAUAUUAUAUCUGAUUGGAUUAGAUGUGUUAAUAAAUAUUAUGAAUUAAACAGGGAUGUAAAUUAUAUCUAUGGAGUACCUGAUAUUGAUAAUCAAUUAAAAAAAUUAAAAAAUAAUAUGUUAGAAUUUGUAAAAGCAAAUGAAGCUUUAGUACAAGAACAAGCAAAUAUCUCUAUUAUACAAUCUCAUUCGCAAGAAUAUUACACAAGUCGCAAUGUUUCUAAAGAAAUAGAAAAGUCUAA